CUGAAACUAAUUUGCAUGGAGGCAGGAUUUAGUAGGAGACCAGACAGAUUGUUGGCCAAUUACCAGAAAUGGCAAAUUCACUUAUUAACAUUCAUGGUUAAAACAUGGGGGCUGAUUGUUUUCAUGAAAUGACAGUAAACUAGUGAAAACAAAGCACUGUCAAAUGUUGAAUCUCGCAAUGAUUUUCUGUUUCUUAAAAAUUCCCACCAUGGCAGUGGGCCCUAGGAUAAUGAAUCAUUGUGUAAGUUCUGUUACAGUAAAUGCUUGUUCAGCAAAUAAUUAUCCCAAAAAGGCAUCUUUACUGUAAAAUAGACAGCAGGGUUUUUUUAAACACAGAAAUGGUCCAUUUUUUAGAAAUGAGAAGGUUGUGUUUUUGAGUAUGCUUUCUACUUUGUGAUUAAUUUAGUGUCUCAAGAAAGAUAAGCCAUAACUCUACUCAUCUACCUAGACUUUCUCUUGAUUUUUGAUUAAACUUGGCUCUGAUUAACUAUAGACUUGCUCUUGAAUUGAACUUGGUGCAGACCACUGCUCCAUUUCACCUGUCUGUUACCUUUACACUCAUGGUUUUGUGAUGUAUGUGGCACUUUCCACCCACCAGUAUAUGUGUUGCUGCCCUACAUACCUAAGGGGGUGUUGACAGUGGGAGUCCGUGAUGCUACUUCCUGUCUCCAUUGCACAUCAGAAUUUCCCUUUCUGCCCACCCACUUUAGUUUUGUAGCAUGCAGUGGGUUGCUCUAAGUUAGUCUGUCUCAGUCGUGUGUUGGUGUCAUGUUGCUCUCGUGUCAAUACAACUGCUUUCACGGUUUCUGAAUUGAACUAGAUCCUGGAUUCUUUCAAGAGGUGAGAAAAACUACUCAUUUGUAUUGAGAUUUAUUAAAACUUAUAAUGUGACAAUGUGUUCAGUGUGUUUUAGGUAUAUGUUUGAUUUGCUAAAAUAGUUUGGCAUUGUAGUACUUUUUAGUGAAUUAUACUGGAACUGAUGAUCAUGCUUUUAGUUAAGCACAGUUGCAUUCUAGUGCAUUCUAAUCAUAUGCUUUUAUACACUAAUUUUAUGAUUAAUGUAUACAUAAGUACAAUUGUUUUUUUUAAUUGUGUAAUGUGACCGCCAUAACACAAGAAUCAGAAUCAUAUACUCAUAACCUAUUCUAGAUUAAAUUAUGCAGUGCUUUAGGUCUAGAUAGUAUAGAAUAAAAUAUGUGUUUUGGAUUUAAUCCCAAUGAUAUAUAAUGAUUUAAAUGUAUUAAUUUUAAUUUCCCAGGUAAACUGACAGACGAGAGUAUUUUGUAGACAUCACACCAUAGCGCACUAAUGAAGGUGUUGAGUGGCCACGUUGUGACAAAAUCUCAGUCUGAGGACGGCAUGGACAUACUCAUCAUGUCAGCCUCACCUGUUCGUAUGAAUAUGGAACUCCCCCAACUUAAGCAAACAUAUGAAAACAAGUUGACAAACUCCUCCCACACUGACAAUAUCAACCGAAAGCGCUGGAGGAAACUUUUCCGGCGGGUACAAAAAAACCAGAUGGAUUCUAGUUGUGCUACUCCGCCUCAAAGGAAGUUACUUUUUGGACGAGCUUUGUCAGAUGUUUGUGAAGAAAAUGGUGAUCCCCCAAAGCCCAUUAUGGAGAUUCUCUUAGUGCUGUGCAGAAAGGGCCCAUACACAGAAGGAGUGUUCAGGAAAGCUGGCAAUGCCAAGGCUCUGAAAGAAAUCAAGGAACAACUCAACAAUGGAGUAGAAGUGGAUCUACAAAAUAAGCAUGUGAUCUUGCUAGCUGAUCUCCUCAAGGAUUUCUUGAGGCACCUUCCUGGCAGUUUGCUAAUGGUGGAUCAGUACCAGGCCUGGAUGACAGCAAUGCAAAAGCAAGAUUCACAUGAAAGGUGCACUGAGCUCCAAUUGGUGAUUAAUAUGCUUCCGAAGCCCAAUAAUAUACUCCUGAAACAUCUCAUCGUUUUGCUGUACCACAUCCACACCAAUACAGAUAGAAACAAAAUGGAGUCCAGCAGUUUAGCUGUUUGUGUUUCACCUAAUUUGCUCCAAACUGACAACAUUGAAAUGCUAAAAAAUGUCUCAAACCUGACUCAGUUCCUCAUUGACAACUGUUGUGAAAUAUUUGGAAAGGAUGCACUGACACUUCUUGGGGACCCAGAAGAGGAAGAACUCAGUGAUAAAAAUGAUUCACUGUCCUCACUCCAUCAUGACUCUGCCUAUGACAGCAAUGACCCUGACGUGGAUGGGCAUAAAGGGAGCUACACAGAAAUGCACACCUUCCAUUCUGAUACUGAAGAGAAAACUCUGGAUUGCUUUCAAGUGUCCUCCUCCCCUGAUGCUGUGGAGAAAAAAACUAACAAACCUUUUAUUCGCCGAUGCUCUGAGCCAACAAUUGUCUUCAACAAAAGUGCUCGAAACCAGCCUGCCCUAACCAGGAGUCAGACAGAUACGGACUUUUAUGGACAUUAUUUGACAAAACAGAUCUCAGAUGAAUGUGUUUUGUUUGGGGCGGGCAAAACGUUGUUAACUGUGCAUAAGAAAAUCUAUAUUUCAUCUCCAGGUGAGCAUCUCCAGCAUACUUCUAAACACUGCUCACACUGCUCCUCUAGUUCUCUGGAAAGCACCUUCUCCAGUGCCUCAGAGAGCUCCAUCCAAACUAGUUCCCCUAUUAUUUCAUCCUCCAGUCAGAGACAGGCCAUCCAACGUAAACUGUCUUUCCCCAGCCACUCAAAGGCACGUGAGACUGUGCUUGGUGAGGCCACCAAGAAACGCUCCCAAUCAAUGAAAGCGCCAAAUUCUCGGACUAAAGUUAGCUUUUCUCGAGGGGGCAUUAACAAACGAGCUCAGAAGGCCUUACGUCACAGCCAGACUCUCCCUGAAGUGCUGUGUCUCAACAGGUCCUUCCUCGUGCCACAAAAGCCCCAACGUUUGUCUAGUGAGGAGGUGUUCCAGCAAGUGGACAGCAGGAUUUCGGGUAAUCCUCCAUCCUAUGAGCAGGCAAUUCAAGACAACGCUCACACUGCACUUUCACUCUGCAGCCCAUUGACUGUUGACGCUGCUAGGUGUCUGUCAAGGCACACAUGCAGUCAGUCUACAUUCCCAACUGCAGAACCAUCAAAUUUCUGCUCAGCGAAAGAGAGCUGUUGCUCAGGUGGAGAAAGGAGUGAUGUACUGGCUACGUCAUCUACCCCGCCAGAGUCGCGGCGGGGGAUUGUAUCAGAGACCAACUUUGAAGAAUCUAAGAAUGGCUUGUUGCACUGUUGUAAUCGACAAAAGUUGGAGGCUUUGGAUGUCAGAGAGUCAGAUGUGUGACAUGUUCUGUUUUGUUACAUCUAUAAUCUGUGGGACAUUUUUCUACCGAUGUAUUGUAUUUUGAAGCAAAAAAAGAGUAUCUGUGAAAUAAGAGCUUCUAAGAAGUCUGUAAUCAUGUGUGUAUACUGUAUAUAAUU